AAGUAUUCCAAGCUCAAGGCCACAGGGCGCAGGAUGGAUGGUACGGCAAAUCCUUCUCCUGACUUCGUGUUGGGCGCUUGCUAGCUGCGAGUAUGCGGUGCGAGAUCCUUUCCACAUUGGAUAUCGGGUGCCGGUCCAGCUGGCAGAUGGCCAACACGUUGAGGUUGAGACGCUCAGCAAUUUCAGCACCGGGCUACCUGUCUUCUAUGUGCAAGACCUGCUGUCUGAAGAGGAGUGCAGUGCCAUCCGUUCAGCGGCGCCCCGCCCCGCGAUGAUGAAGAGUUUGGUUGCCAGAGAAUACCAGCGAGUGACGAAGAAGCGUGCAGCCCGUCACUUCAGAGACGUGGACGUAGACAGGGAUCAAUCUCUUGAUGGUGAUGAGCUCGCCCAAUUCUUCAAGGAGGCGGCGGACCUGGUGGACUUCACUUGGGAUUUUCUAUCCGCCUAUUUGCCCAAAGCCACGGCAGCCGCUGGUGACAGGAGACAGGUGAGCCAGAAAGAGUUUAUAUCGACAGACUGGGUCAAGUUCUUCAGAGCUGCAAAGAAGCAUCAUCCUGAUUGGUUUGCGCGGCAUUCUUAUCAGACAUUUGUGGAGUAUUCAGACCACGCCUUCUUGCAGCCCGUGUUAGACAAGGUAGCCGCUGUGACUGGCUUGUCCAAGAGUUUGGUGCGCAGAACGGCGGAGAGUAUGCAAGUUCUUCUCUAUCCUGAAGGCGGCCACUACUCUUGCCACCACGACACCGCACCAGACAAUCCUGACUUCCCGCGCUUUUUGACGCUCUUCUUCUUUCUCAAUGACGUGGAUGGUGGUGAGACUGUGUUCUUCGGGACAGACUUGAACGGGACGUACCCCGAAGAUCGCUUCGCUGCUGGAGAAGACGUGUGGGGGCCGAUCGAGUCGAAGUGCCAGUCCGUGCGCAGCUGCCCUGGAUUUGAUGGAUCAUCUCCCUUUGCCUCGUCCCUGGUUGUGAAGCCUCGAGCGGGCUCAGCGGUGUUUUGGUACAACAUGGCAGUGACGAACGAAGGUCAUGUUGGACGCUUCUACUGGUCCAGCAUUCACGGAGGCUGCCCGAGCAAAGGGGAGAAAUGGGCUGCCAACAUCUGGUUGCAUGCAGCCCACCGUGCAGGUCAAGAGCUCUAGCGGGUGCACUCCCUGCAACGCCCAACAUGGGCGGAUAUGGGCGGUCACAGUUUCAUGUGUAAAA